GUACUAUGGCCAGAUUCUGUAUAAUAUGUAAACAAUUCAAUUUGAUUUUAGAGUUCUUCCUGUAUAAUCACCUGAAGUCCUCAGUCGUCUUACCUUUAUCAUUAAAAAUAAGAAGGAAGAAAGAAAGGUAAGAAGGAUAGGGUCAAUGGUAUGGCCCUUCCUUAAGGCAUUGACCCCCACGCCUGUAACAAAGGUAACAGGAAGAUCCUGAUACAUAAACAAAAUGUUGGUGGUAGGUACCACUACAGAAUGCCUCUUUCUGUCCCAUCUCUUCUAUUUGUUUAAAGGAGUAAAAUGAAAGUGUUGUAUUAAGGUUUUUGUAAACCAUUUAUUUCUCCGUUUAAACAAAUAUUAUAAAAUGUAUUUGCUAUUUAAAUUAAAUCAUCCAGUAAAUUAUCCAGUGAACAUUAUUACAUUGCAAACUUGGACUUAUUUCUUGUUUUUUAUCUUAUUCUUAUUCAGGUCAUCUGAGGCCCACCGGGACUACGUCUGAAGGGCCUGGCUCCUAUUAUAGAAAAGGGUGAAUGCAUCCGGAAAAUUAUACAUAUAUAAAUACAGUACAAUUACAAUGUGUUUAUAUAUGUGUAUACUUUAUUAAACAUGUAUUUUUCUGUGUUGGAUAUAUGGACAUCAGCAAUUUUGCUAAACAGUAGCUUAUACUCAGUAAUUACUGCAUGAUGUAUGCUAAAUGAAUUGUUUCUUAGAUUAUAGAUCAUCUGGAAACACGUGCAACACCCAGGUGUAUUGCUCAUAAUGAGUGUCCAUCAUCUUGUAAAAAAGAAAAACUCGUUAACAGAGAUCAUUUAAAAUAAAUUAAAUAGUGACACCCAAUGAAUUUUAGGUAUAAAAGGAGCUAUAAAGAAAUAGUUCUGUGGCCCUGUUUCUCAUUCAUUUCUUUCUCAGGAGGUUCAAUCCUCUUCUUUUCCAGCUUUCACCAUGAGCUUUAGACAAGGGCCACCCACAGGCAAAGGGUGUUCAGUUUUUGAAUCUUCUGGUAUUUCUACAACUGGAAAUAGCCAUGGUAGAGCAGGUGGCAUUUAUAGUGGUGGAGCACAUGUUGUUAACUAUGCUGGAAGCUUAAGGAGUGGGUAUGGUGGACAUAUUGGAAACAGAGGUGUAGGCUUUGCUGAUGGAUCUGCUGGUGGGGUAUGCUUUGAUUCUGGUGCUGGAUUUGGGUAUGGUGGUGAAUCUGGCUUUGGUGGAGGAUCUGGAUAUGGAAGUGGAUUUGGUUCUGGCUUCAUUGCAGCUGGAGGUGGCCACAGAGCUGGCUUUGGUUUUGGAGAUGAUUCAGGACUGCUGUCAUUUAAUGAAAAAAUAACCAUGCAAAAUCUGAAUGAUCGUCUUGCCACAUACCUAAACAAGGUGAAAGCAUUAGAAGAGGCUAACACUGAUCUGGAGAAGAAGAUCCGUAACUGGUACGACACUCACGGUCCAAGCCAAGUCCAAGACAAAGACUACAGUCCUUACUACAGAACAAUUGAAGACCUUCAGAAAAAGAUCUUGGCAGCCACUAUUGAUAAUGGGCGCAUUGUCCUACAGAUCGAUAAUGCCAAAUUAGCAGCAGAUGACUUCAGAAUGAAGUAUGAGAAUGAGCUGAUUAUGCGCCAGACAGUUGAAUCGGAUAUUAAUGGCCUGAAGAGGCUUUUGGAUGAUCUGACUCUUGCCAGAAGUGAUUUGGAAUCCCAACUGGAGAACCUGAAAGAAGAAUUAGCUGCUCUAAAGAAAAACCAUGAGGAGGAGAUGAAGGCACUGAAAGUACAAUUUGUGGGUGACGUCACUGUAGACAUGAAAGCAGUACCGGGAAUUGACUUGCAGAAGGUUUUAGGAGACCUCAGACAUGAAUAUGAGCAAAUUAUGGUCAAAAACCAGAAGGACAUUGAAUUUUGGUAUCAAGAGAAGACUGCAGAGCUGCACAAAAAUGUGUCUAGCAGCUCUCAAGAGAUCCAGACAACUAACACUCAGGUUACUGAUUUAAGACGCACUCUCCAGAACCUUGAAAUUGACCUACAGGCUCAGCUCAGUACGAAAGCUGCCCUAGAAGCCUCUCUGGCUGAAACAGAAGGAUGCUACUGUCUUCAACUGUCUCAGCUGCAGGGAUUAAUUCAGAAUGUGGAGGCAGAGCUGGCUAAUCUCCGUUGUGAGAUGGAGAACCAGAACCACGAAUACAAGCUUCUCCUGGACAUCAAGACACGCCUAGAGCAAGAAAUUAACACUUACCGGAACCUCCUGGAUGGACAAGGAACACAAUUCCCUAAAAGUUCUUAUGACACUUCUUUCUCCUCUGGUUCCCAAACAGAUAAACAAGGGGGUUCCUCUCACUAUGCCAGAACGCGCGUUGAGGAUAGCGAUGGAAAAGUGAUCUCCUCCCGUGACCAAUAUCAUCACUCUGGAUACAAACAAUGAAUAGGAUGACCUGUGCCUUCUUUCUAUUUUGUUUUCUCAUAGAAGCUUCAGUUUCUCUUCCUCUUCUACAAGAAUUCUGGGCUCACAUAUUCACUGGAAUAUUUUAAAUCCUUUGCAGAUUACAAAAUGUAUCUGUAUCUUCAGGCAUUUUCUGUUGGUCACAACUGUAUCCUCUGACAUGACCUCACGGGCAUUUAUGGAACGUCCUUAAUAAAGCUAUGCUAUAUCAUUUUCAUGCAAUCCAUUGGUUGUGCUAUUAUUAUUCAAUCUGAUAUUAAAGGACAAAUGGACCCAUAGGAAUUUUCUACUAAUAGAGGAAUAUUAUACUAAGAGAAUAUGUGUUAAUGUUAUUAAAACCACUUUAGGACCAUCAUAUUUUGGCACUAGCUUAUAUUGGGAAAUGGUUCCACCUUUAGGGUU